UUCAUAGCUUUCACUGUUGGUGCACUAGAAAGAUUGGAUUCUGCAGACCCCAUAUAAGUGUUUAGCUUGGAAAGGAAUUGAUUGCUUCGUCUCACUUGGGAGUGAAUUGGUUUACGAAUUCAGAUAUUCUGGGAUACCAAUUUUAGCAAUUUAUUGGAUGUUUGUGGUACCUCUUUUGGGGAAAUUCAGUUAGAGCAAGUUGUGCUCUCUGUUGGGUAGAAUUCUUGAAAUACUGCUAAUUUUGAUUGAUGUUUGGAGAGUUUACUAUCGGAAAAAUGGUGUAAAUUUAGCAAGUUUUUGGUGGUGGUGAAAUGUCAGUAGUAGUUUCUCCACCUCCAAGUCUUGCACCAUUUCCUGUUCCACCAGUUGUCUUGAGUCCACCUCCUCAGCUUUCUUCUCCGGUCCCUGCAUCUCAGCCUAAUGCGACAGUACCACCUGUGUCUUCUCUUCCUCCAACAUUACCCCCGCAAUCUUCUCCUCCCCCGGCCUCACCAACACUGCCACAAUCGCCUCCUCCAAGUAACGUGACAUCGCCUCCUUCAAUGGCUUCCCCACCCACAGAAUCCGCUCCUCCAACUGUUAGUCCUCCACCUAUCCCACCUGCUAGUUCACCGCCACCUAUAUCUUCUCCUCCGCCUUCCAGUUCACCACCACCUCAAUCUUCUCCUCCCCCUGCUAGUUCUCCUCCAACUACACCUAGCCCACCAGUUAGUUCAUCACCACCUCCAGAAGUUGAGCCUCCACCUGUAUCACCUCCCCCACAACCAACUGUUCCUACAAGUUCACCUCCACCGCCUCCAAAAGAUGAUCCUCCUCCUACCUCACCUCCACCACAACCAACUACUCCUCCAAGUUCACCUUCACCACCUCCCAAAGUUGAUUCUCCACCUUUUUCACCUCCGCCACCUGCACAGAAUCCGGAUCCUACUCCACCACCACAAUCUCCUGAACCUCCGAAAGGUUCACCCCCUUCACCACCCGUGAAUUCACCUCCAUCACCAGCGUCUGUGCCACCAAAAGGCUCACCUCCUACCCCAGCCUCUGACCCUCCUACAAAUUCACGUCCAUCUCCAGCAUUUACGCCACCACAAGGUUCACCUCCUACACCAUCCUUGGAACCUCCUAAAAAUAUGCCUCCUUCAUCAUCAGUUCCUUCAGGUGGAACCACUACCAAUAGCUCCAGUGACGAUGCAGCAGGUAGCUCAAACAGUUCCAGUAGUAGCGGCCUAGGAACUGGAGGUACAGUUGCGAUUGGCGUCAUUGUUGCUGUUUUAUUGCUUAGUAUUGUUGGAUUAGUGGGUUGGUGCGUAUGGAAGCGAAAGAAAAAGGCUUUUCGUCCCAGUGGCGAGAAUGUCAUGCCAACCCCUUCGGGCUCCACCCCAAAUUCUGAUUCCGUCUUAUUGAAGAUACAGGAAUCAACACCUGAUACCAGAAAUGGAACUGGCAACAAAUUCCUAAAUUCUCCUGGAGGAUCUGGUGGAUUUGGAAAUCCAAAGAUAUGGUUUACCUAUGAAGAACUAGUUAAGGCUACUGGUGACUUCUCGGCUGAGAAUUUGUUGGGGGCGGGUGGAUUUGGUUCUGUAUACAAAGGAUGUCUACCAGAUGGGAGGGAUGUAGCAGUAAAGCAACUAGAUAUUGGUGGGAGCCAAGGGGACCGGGAAUUCAGAGCUGAAGUUGAAAUCAUUAGUCGAGUACACCAUCGCCAUUUGGUUUCCCUUGUAGGUUAUUGCAUUUCUGAAAAUAGAAGGCUGCUUGUUUAUGAAUAUGUCCCAAAUAACACCCUUUACUUCCAUCUUCAUGCCGAAGGAAGGCCUGUUAUGGAUUGGACAACACGUGUUAAGAUUGCUGUUGGUGCUGCUCGUGGAAUAGCUUAUCUGCAUGAAGAUUGCCAUCCUCGUAUUAUCCACAGAGACAUUAAGUCAUCAAACAUUCUUUUGGAUAUUAACUUUGAGGCUCGGGUUUCUGAUUUUGGAUUAGCUAAAUUAGCUCAGGAUGCAAAAACUCAUGUUACAACACGUGUUGUGGGAACAUUUGGAUACAUGGCUCCUGAAUAUGCAUCAAGUGGCAAGCUGACUGAAAAAUCCGAUAUAUAUUCUUUUGGGGUUGUGCUUCUGGAGUUAAUUACUGGACGGAAGCCUGUUGAUACAUCUCAGCCUUUAGGGGACGAGAGUCUGGUUGAAUGGGCUCGACCAUUGCUUUCUCAUGCCCUUGAGAAAUUGGAAUUUGAUCAGCUGGCAGAUCCACGCCUCGAGAGGAAUUAUGCUAUCCCUGAGAUGUUUCAACUGAUUGAGGCAGCUGCAGCUUGUGUGCGCCACUCAGCAGCAAAGAGACCAGGGAUGGGACAGAUCAUGAGAGCUUUUGAUAACAUGUCUGUGUCUGAUCUAACCAAUGGGAUGAAAGUUGGCGAAAGUACAAUAUAUAACUCUGCAGAACAAUCUGCAGAAAUAAGAUUGUUUCGAAGGAUGGCAUUUGGUAGUCCAGAUUUUAGUUCCGAUUUUUUUAGUCAAGGUACACAACAUAGUGGAGAGUCAGCUGAAGAUAGAGUAUAGUACACAGCUAAAGGUCUUGUUAAAGCAAGUGUAUAUUCAUCUGUUCAUAGAUCAAAAGCACCUACUUUGAGAGGUAUGCGUUUGCCUCUCCGAGGUGAUUUUGGUUAUGUUUUGUAAGUAGCUUCCUUUUUGUCUGCUUACAUAUAGGCCAUGCUUUUUUAGUAGCAAUUUUUCCUGUAAGUAACAUGAAUUUUUUUAUUAUCUCCAAUAUUUUUGUUCUUUCAAAGGUCUAUUCAACUUCUUUGUUCUUCACAAAUGGUGGAAAUAUGUAGACUUUGAUGGGAACAUGUAGUUCCUUGAGGAUAA